UGAGUUGCAAGGGAGACCAUCAGUUCUCGUGCAACUUCGCCAAGAUGCGCAACUCGCUCUCUCUCCUAGUCGCCUUCCUCGUCGUUGGUGUAGCUGUCGGUGCAAAAGAUACAAAUGACGAAGAAGCUGCCAGGGAGAAGCGCGGCUUUGCUGGAGGAUACGGCCACGGAGGAGGUGGUGGUGGUGGAGGAUACGGCGGAGGCAGCGGUGGCUACCUGAUCGUCGGAGCCGGCGGAGGCCACGGGCCAACAGGCGCCGACAUUGCAAACCAAGCCGCGGCCCAAGCAUCGGCCGCAGCAGCCGGCCUGAAAGGAGUGGCCAGCGCUGCUGCUAGCGCCGCCGCUAAUCAAGCAGCUGCCGUCGCCGCCGCUGCCGCGCAAACCGCCACGACAGCCGCUGCCCAGAAGCAGUCCCAGGCUGCCCAGCUGACCCAAGCUGCCCAGGGCGCCCAGGCAGCCGCUUUCUCCGAGUCGUCGCUCUCCGGGAAGGCCUUCGCGGCCGAGAAGGCUGCCGAGAACACCCACAACUUAGCCGUCGCCCUGGCGAACGACCUGGCAGCCGCCCACGACGAGGCGCAGGCGGUCGUGGCCCAGGCGCUGAGGUCCCUCGAGGCCGCCCGAGCCGUGACGGCGGCUCAGUCCGCCAUGGCGUGGCAGGCCCAGCAAGCAGCCAACGCCCUCCACCUGCAGCAGAGUAUCGUCCUGUCGGACCUGCAGUCGGCAGAAGGAGCCGCUGCACAAGCACAGGCCGCUGCCGCUAAGGCCUUGGCUAAGGCUAAGGGCAGCGGGGGCGGCUACGGUGGUGGAUUCGGUUACGGCCAUUGAAGGGUAUAGGGGAAGAAGAAGGAUCAUCAUUAUCAUUCACAUGGCCCCCUCGUCACUAUAACAAGACUACUUCUACUACUACAUACCUGCGAUCUUGACUGAUAAUGCUGUGUGAAGUAUCACGUGCAUUUCCUAAUAAAAACAUCUCUACUGCGA